UAAUAAUAAUACCAUACUCUCUAACCUCUCUUCUUCUUCUUCUUCUUCUUCUUCUCUUGCGAACCCUAAACAAAUUCAUCUUCGAUUUUGGUGACGAUGAUUGUUAUGUUAAUACAAUAGCUUCUUCUUAUUGUUGUUGUCCUUUGCCUUUUUCACUGCCUUGCAUUCCGCAUUCCUCGCGUUUCCUUCACUGAUUCUUUCGCGAUCCCACUUCGAUCGCUCUCUUCUCCCUUUUGUUCGUGAAUCGCCACCCGAUCCUCUUCUUUUUGCAGCUUACCGGAUCGAUCUAGGACUUUUGCAUAAUUGGGGCGAAUGAAGUGUUCUAUGAUUUGAAUGGGGAGACGAUGCCAGAGUUGAGAAGUGGAGCUAGAAGGUCGAAACGGCUUGGUGAUCUUCAGCCUGGUCCACUACCCGUUGAUCAAGGAGAAAAUUGGGUACAACCUGCUCAGAACAGAACUAGGAGGAGAGUUGGAGGUGGAAGAGGAAGAGGGGGUAAUGCUACAGCUGUAGGCAAAGGGCCAUCACCAGCUGUACCCACAAGGCGAACUGCAGCUGGUAGAGGCCGUGGAGCAAGAUUGAUUGAUCUAGACCCUGAACCUUGUGAAGCCCUUCCUGAACCUGUUGGUUUAAGGGCUCCUGAACCUGUUUACAAUCAGGUAGAGGUAGUGGCCAAUAAUAAUAUUGUGAUGGAGGGUGGAAGUGCAGACAAGGUGGCUGGAGGAGCUGAGGAAGAAGCAAGCACCACCCCUGUCCCUGAGAGGGUACAAGUUGGUAACUCUCCUGUUUACAAGAUAGAAAGGAAAUUGGGUAAGGGUGGUUUUGGCCAAGUUUAUGUUGGCAGAAGGAUGAGUGGUGGUUCUGAUCGAACUGGUCCUGAUGCAAUUGAGGUUGCAUUAAAGUUUGAGCACAGAAACAGUAAAGGCUGCAAUUAUGGGCCUCCUUAUGAAUGGCAAGUCUACAGUACUCUGAAUGGUUGUUAUGGCAUUCCCUGGGUUCAUUACAAGGGUAGACAAGGAGAUUUUUAUAUUCUGGUCAUGGACAUGCUUGGGCCCAGUCUUUGGGAUGUAUGGAACUCUCUUGGCCAAUCGAUGUCACCAAGUAUGGUUGCUUGCAUUGCAGUGGAGGCAAUAUCAAUCCUUGAGAAGCUCCAUUUAAAAGGCUUUGUGCAUGGAGAUGUAAAACCAGAAAACUUUUUGCUUGGUCAACCGGGAACGGCUGAUGAUAAGAAGUUAUAUCUCAUUGAUCUUGGUUUGGCAUCGAGAUGGAAGGAUGCAUCGUCUGGUCUACAUGUUGAUUAUGAUCAGAGACCUGAUAUAUUUAGGGGAACAAUAAGGUAUGCAAGUGUACAUGCACAUUUAGGUAGGACUGGAAGCCGAAGGGAUGAUCUUGAGUCCCUUGCAUACACGUUAAUAUUUCUCAUAAAAGGGAGACUACCAUGGCAGGGUUAUCAGGGUGACAAUAAAAGCUUUCUUGUUUGUAAGAAAAAGAUGGCCACUUCUCCCGAGUUGAUGUGCUGCUUUUGUCCUCCUCCAUUUAAACAGUUCCUUGAGGCUGUUACGAACAUGAGAUUCGAUGAGGAGCCAAAUUAUUCCAAGCUUAUAUCACUUUUUGAUAGCUUAAUUGAACCAUGCACUCCAUUGAGACCUAUCCGAAUUGAUGGUGCUCUUAAGGUCGGUCAAAAACGAGGAAGGAUGCUUAUAAAUCUGGAAGAAGAUGAGCAGCCUAAGAAGAAAGUACGACUAGGUAGUCCUGCAACGCAGUGGAUAUCAGUGUAUAAUGCACGCCGUCCCAUGAAGCAGAGAUAUCACUAUAAUGUAGCAGACACUAGGCUCCGGCAGCAUGUGGACAAGGGUAUUGAGGAUGGGUUGUAUAUAAGCUGUGUUGCCUCUUCAGCGAAUCUGUGGGCCCUAAUCAUGGAUGCAGGAACGGGUUUUUCUUCUCAGGUAUAUGAGUUGUCACCAGCCUUCCUCCAUAAGGAUUGGAUUAUGGAGCAAUGGGAGAAAAAUUACUAUAUCAGUUCAAUAGCUGGUGCAGUUAAUGGAAGUUCUUUGGUUGUCAUGUCCAAAGGGACUCCCUACACACAGCAGUCAUAUAAAGUUAGCGAAUCAUUUCCUUUUAAAUGGAUAAACAAGAAGUGGAAAGAAGGAUUCCAUGUUACCUCUAUGACUACUGCUGGCAAUCGCUGGGGUGUUGUCAUGUCCAGGAAUGCGGGAUAUUCUGAUCAGGUUGUGGAGCUCGACUUUUUGUAUCCGAGCGAGGGAAUACAUCGUCGAUGGGAGAGUGGUUACCGGAUUACAUCCAUGGCUGCUACUGCUGAUCAGGCUGCUUUCAUACUUAGCAUUCCAAAGCGAAAAUUGCUUGAUGAAACUCAAGAGACUUUGCGUACCUCUGCCUUCCCUAGCACGCAUGUAAAGGAAAAAUGGUCCAAGAAUCUGUACAUUGCUUCAAUCUGUUACGGGCGGACAGUUUGCUAGCUUCAGGAUUGAAAGUUUGCCACCAUUUGAAAAAUGAGGCAAAAUUUUAAUGAUGAAGCAUUUCAAUGAUUAUUAGGUUGGAACGGGUUGGUUUGCCUUUUUGCCCCCAUGCCUGUUUCUUAAAUGCAAUAUGCCUUCCACUUAAAAUUUUCAUUAUAAUUGUAAAACAAAUGGUAAGCGAGAAACAGAAACCGGUUAUUCUGUGGAGCAAGUUCCCAAUCAACCCGAGCCAACGGAUAGCAACGAUUUGUUGAAAGAAGUAUUAACUUGUGUAAUACAAGGGCUGAUGCCUAUUUUGGCCAUGUUUUCAUGGUUGUGUUUUUAAACAAAUUGCGAUUUUGUAUGUAAUGAUAUAAAUUUUUACGAAGAUCAUCAUCAUAAGCAUUUAAACAAGGGAGUUCUACGGUACAA